AUGAAUUCUUACUAUUUUUUUGCCCCUCUUUUGCUACUAUCCAUUAUUUCAACAACCAUCAAUGGCCUCACUCAACAACAAAGUGGCUAUGUAAUGCAAACAUACACAAAUUAUUACAACAACAACAACAAUUUGAUUCAACAAUUUUUGGCUCCUCAAAAUGCAGCUCGUUCAAUGCUUAGGCUAAGACCAUUAGUAUGGGACAAAAAAUUGGAGAAUUAUGCAAAAUGGUACGCAAAUCAACGAAGGUAUGAUUGUCAAUUACAACAUUCUAAUGGACCUUACGGCGAAAAUAUAUUUUGGGGGGGAGGGGAUGGUUGGUCGCCAAUCCAGGCUGUAGCAGCCUGGGUUGGCGAACGAAGUUCGUACAACUAUGGGUACAAUAGUUGUAGUGGGGAAGAAGAAUGUGGACACUAUACACAAAUUGUGUGGAGAGAGACUAGAAGAAUUGGUUGUGCAAAAGUUACUUGUUAUAAUGGCUUGGGAGUUUUUAUGACUUGCAAUUAUGAUCCUCCUGGUAAUUACAUUGGUGAAAGACCUUACUAAACCUUAUUUUUUU